UACAUAAAAGAGUGACCACCAAAUAAUCAAGCUAGCAGCUAGUCUUUGUUCCGACGCAGCUAGCUUUCUUAAUUCUGAAUUCCCCGCUUUCUUCUACCCCACACCAUCCCUUUAAUUUAUUUAUUAAUUGCUUAGUUAGUUCUUUCCGAUCACUCUUGAUCACAAGCAUAACCCAUGUUCUGCUCGUACUUAUAAAUACCCCAAGACCCUUUUAUUUCUCUCCAUCAACUAAUUCUCAAGCUUCUUGGACUCUAAUUUCAAGCAUCACUGGCCUCGAUCUCUCACUCGGCAAGCAAAUCAAUAUGGCCAAGCUUUCAAGUCUCCUUUACACACUUUUCUUUGUUCUGGUCUACAUUACCUGCCCAUCAUAUUCGAUUAAGGUUUAUAAUGUUAUCAGUUUUGGAGCUAAACCCAAUGGCAGAGUGGACUCCACACCAGCAUUUCUUAAUGCAUGGGCUGCAGCCUGUGCUUCAACAGAUUCUGCCACCAUAAAUGUACCGAAGGGAAGGUACCUGCUUGGCUCAUCUUUGGCCUUCAAAGGUGGCUGCAAAAGCUCUGAUAUCACUUUCCAGAUUGAUGGAACGCUGGUGGCUCCGGCUGAUUAUCGAGUGCUAGGCAGAGGUAAUAAUUGGGUAAGCUUUGAAGGUGUUAGUGGCGUUUCCAUUAUUGGAGGAGCCCUCGAUGCCAAAGGACAAGCCUUGUGGUCUUGUAAAUUAGCUGCUGCUGGCACCAACUGUCCCAGCGGCGCCACGACGUUGAGCUUUACCAAUUCCAACAACAUCAGGAUCCAUGGAUUACGAUCACUAAACAGCCAGAUGUUCCACAUUGUGUUCAUCGGCUGCCAGAAUGUGCAUGUUGAAAGACUCAAAAUCAUAGCCGCCGGCGACAGCCCAAACACAGACGGCAUUCAUGUCCAAUUAUCCAGAAAUGUUGUGAUCAUGAACUCUAAAAUCCAAACAGGGGAUGAUUGCAUCUCCAUUGGCCCUGGCACUAAGAACUUGUGGAUUGAACGUGUCACAUGCGGCCCUGGUCAUGGCAUUAGUAUAGGGAGUCUUGCAAAGGACCCAGAAGAGCUAGGGGUCCAAAAUGUGACAGUCAAGAAGGCAGUGUUUAUUGGUACUCAAAAUGGGUUGAGAAUAAAGUCUUGGGCCAGACCCAGCACUGGAUUCGUCCAACGAGUCCGCUUUUUAGGCGCUGUUAUGAAGAAUGUCCAAAAUCCCUUAGUUAUAGACCAACACUAUUGCCCCCACAACAUCAACUGCCCUACUCAGGUAUCGGGUGUAAGAAUCAGUGAUGUGAUAUACCGUGGCAUUCGAGGAACAUCGGCAACUCCAAUUGCAAUAAAAUUUGAUUGUAGUUCCAAGAACCCAUGCACUGGGAUUAGACUCGAAAAUGUCAAUCUGACUUGUUCCAACCAAUUAGAGGCUCAAUCGUUUUGCACCAAUGCAGUUGGGAAGACUCUUGGCUUAGUACAACCUAACAUGAGUUGCUUGUGAACAAGCUAGAAAGGAAUUUUAAAU